CCCUCUCCUCGCUGCUCCUCAGAUGGUCCGGAGGGAGGAGAGAGAUGAACCCGUGCUCCCGCAGGCCGGCCCGGCUCCGCUCCGGGCUCCUGCUGGCGGCGGUGGCCGCGCUGCUGCUGCAGACCCUGGUCGUGUGGAACUUCAGCAGCCUGGACGGAGGCGCCAGGAGCCGGGAGAGGAGAGAGGAGCGAGCCGCCGGGGAGCAGCCGCGCUGGAAGAGGGGCGACCCGCAAGCACUGCUCGGGAAGGCGGCCGCUCGACACCAGCUGCAGGCGGACGUCUACCGUUCCCACCGUCCCAAAGAGAAACUUCCUCUGGACAGCAACAACAACGAGAACUCUGUCCCCAAAGACUUGGACUCCAUCGACAGCAACAGCAACCUCGCCACUCGCUCGCAACGGCAGCGAGCGCCGGUCGGAAACAGCAGACACAAGCUGGACAGGGUGCAGAGCAUUCUGGGAAAGUCUGCUAACGAGGUCCUCAAGUUGCCUCCGAUCCAACUAAGAGGGAUCGGGCCCAGUCGCAACCACACCCACAAAAUGAAACCCCGCCCCCAGACGCAGACGCUCCCGGCUCCGGUCCGGGGGUCCAAUCAGGAUCCAGCGCUCCUCCGGGUCAAGACGCCGGCCGGUCAGGAGCCGAGGAGGACGGCGCCGCAGUGCGAGGUCAGCGGGAAGGAAGCCAUCUCCGCUCUGUCCCGAGCCAAGAGCCGCGGCUGUCGUCAGCAGAUCGUGGAGGUUUACUGCAAACACAAGGACGGAGCGCUGCUGCCCGAGAGAGUUCCUCGCUACUGCCCCCUAGAAGGGAAGGCUAACGUGAACGUGCAGUGGGACAGCCCCCCCGCGGACGCUCCCCCGCUCCAGCCCGUGCGUAUCGCCUUCGUCCUGGUCGUCCACGGCCGAGCCUCACGCCAGUUCCAGCGUCUGUUCAAAGCCAUCUACCACACCUCCCACUACUACUACAUCCACGUGGACCAGAGGUCCAACUACCUCCACAGAGAGGUCCUCUCUCUGGCCCGACAGUUUCCCAACGUCCGCGUCACUCCGUGGCGGAUGUCCACCAUCUGGGGCGGAGCCAGCCUGUUGACCAUGUACCUGCGCAGCAUGGAGGACCUCCUCAAAAUGACCGACUGGUCCUGGGACUUCUUCAUCAACCUGAGUGGAGCUGAUUACCCAAUCAGGACCAAUGAGCUGCUGGUGUCGUUCCUGUCAAAGUAUCGCAACAUGAACUUCAUCAAGUCUCACGGGCGAGACAACGCACGUUUCAUCCGGAAACAGGGUCUGGACCGACUCUUCUACGAGUGCGACACCCACAUGUGGCGUCUCGGGGACCGCAAGAUCCCAGAGGGCAUAGCGGUGGACGGAGGCUCUGAUUGGUUCCUGCUCAAUCGCUCCUUUGUGGAUUACGUGGUCAACUCCAGAGACGAGCUGGUGGGAAGCAUGAAGCGCUUCUACGCCUACACACUGCUGCCCGCUGAGUCCUUUUUUCACACCGUUCUGGAGAACAGCGCCCUCUGUGGCACCAUGGUGGAUAACAACCUGAGGCUCACGAACUGGAACCGGAAGCUGGGCUGUAAAUGUCAGUACAAGCACAUCGUGGACUGGUGUGGCUGCUCCCCCAACGACUUCAAGCCCUCGGACCUGCCGCGGUUCCAGCAAGUGUCCAGACCCACGUUCUUCGCCAGGAAGUUUGAAGCCAGUGUCAGUCAGGAGAUCAUCAGCCAGCUGGACUGGUUCCUGUUCGGAGCGCUGGCCCCCGGCACGCCGGGCCUCCAGGCUUACUGGGAGAACUCCUACGAGCAGGAGACGGACGGGCCCGCCAGCCUAUCGGACUCUGCGCUCAGCCACUACCACGCCUUCGCUCGAAUGGGAUUAUCACGCGCUGCCAGCUCGCUGCAGGGACAUCCCAACGACUACAGCUGCAGGUUCGAGGCCGUGGGCCACCCGGUGUCCGUGCACCUCUACUUCCUGUCAGACCAGUUCCAGGGCUACCUCCUGCGCCAUGUGGCCACUAACCGAGCCUCCACCCAGCUGGAGACGCUGGAGACCUGGGUCACACCCAGAGACCACUUCACCCCGGCCAGCCCCCCCCACCCCUCCAACAGACUGCAGCAUGUCCAGGUGGGAGGCGACUGGGAUCCCAAGGAGCGUCUCUUCAGGAACUGGGGGGGGGUGCUGGGCCCCAGGGACGAGCCGGUGGCCGUGCAGCGGUGGAGCCGCAGCCAGAGCAACCUGACGGCCACCGUGGUGUGGAUCGACCCCACCAACGUCAUCGCCGCCACCUACGACAUCCUGGUGGACGCCUCUGCUGAGGUCACGCACUACCGGCCGCCGCUCACCCCCCCGCUGAGGCCCGGCGUGUGGACGCUGCGGGUGCUGCACCACUGGAGCCCGCUCGGCCAGACCAGCUUCAUCGUGGCUCCGCUGGAGUUUCACAAACAACAGCCCACAGGACUCGAGGACGCUCUGCGGCUGCACGCCGGCCCGCCCAGGAACUCCUACAUGGAGCAGAGCUUCCACGGCCUCAACCCGGUGCUGCGGCUGCCGGUGAGCCUGGGCGCCGUGGAGGAGGCCGAGGCCAACGCCGGCCUGACGGGGGCGCCGCUGCGUCAGUGGCUGGACCGGCUGCUGGAAGGCCACUGGUCCGCCUCGGACGUCUGCUCCACGGGCCCCAGCGCCUGCCCCGUCAUGCAGCGCUGCCGCCUCACGGGCUGGAGCUCCGACAGCCCCGACCCCAAGUCGGACGUGGGCGCGCCCAGAGAGGACGGACGCAUCAGGUAGCAGACGGACAGACGGAGGGACACGAGCUGGAGGACAGGAACACAUGAAGGAAAGCCGAUGCUUCACUGCGUCAUAUUUAUUUAUUUAAAGUCAGUGAAUGAUGGAGGAGACGGAAGUUCAGAGGAAGAGAGUUCUCCUCAGUCCUCAUUCAGUGUGUGUGUGUGUGUGUGAGUGUGUGUGUGUAUGUGUAUGUGUGUGUGUGUGCGUGUGUGCGUGUGUGUGUAUGUGUGUGUGUGUGCGUGUGUGCGUGUGUGUGUGUCAGAAGAGUUGUUUACCUCUUUUCCAUGUUAAGAAGCUGAACUGGUCGCUCAUCUUUAGGUGGACUGGUUUCAUGUCAGACUGGUUUCAUGUCAGACUGGUUUCAUGUCAGACUGGUUUCAUGUCAGACUGGUUUCAUGUCAGACUGGUUUCAUGUCAGACUGGUUUCAUGUCAGACUGGUAUCACCAGCCAUCGCUGUUAUUCAAUGUUCCCAGUCGUCAUGGAAACCCUCAAUUCUUUAAAAACUGUUUAUUAACAGAUUUUUGUUGAUGGAUGGAAAUCGUGAGCGAUACAGAACUUUACCAUCAAAUGCAGAUAAUAUUCUUGUUCUGCUCUUCAGAUUAAGUUAUUAUUAUUUAAUAAAUCUCGCGACUCGAAGCUUCAGUUCAGGAAGUUUUCAAACGAGUCGAAGCACAAACGUUUUCACUGUGAUAGUUUCAGACAUUAAGAUAUUUAGAUCCAUAGAGGUGACUCUGACUCUCAAAUAGGAAGUUGUACUUGAUUAAACCAACGCUGCCAAAAACCCAAUGAGAACUUCCCCCAUUCACUGUGUGUGUGUCUGUGUGUGUGUGAUGUCUGGAUCUUGUCAGACGCCCUGAGACUUGAAGUGUGAGACGUCUCCUGCAGAGAUCACCUCCUGUUUCUUUUUAAUUUGCUCUUCUCUGUAGAAACUGAGGUGUCAAAGCAAACUUCUGCUGUGUCAGUAAUUUAUUCUCAAGUUUUUAUAAAACAAGGUUGUUUUCUGAAGUGAGGCGAUGAAUCUGGGUUUGGGAGCAGAAGGGGAUCAGGUCUUUCCCUCAGAGACGAUUAUUUCCAUCACAUCCACUGUGAUAAAGUUCAGCUGCAGGUUCUUCAAGUCCUGUUCUUUAUUCCGGAUUCUGCUGUUGAUUAACGAGUAUAUGUAUAUGGUCAAAUUUAUCAAAUUAACAAAAGCAACAAAUUUACUGUAUUACCUCUUCGCACUUAAUUGUUGUUACAUAAACAUUCAAUAAUAUUCAUAUAUUCAACCAGAACAUUUUUAAGGUGAAGACAACGACAGAAUUUUUUUCUUUAAAGAUUUUUUAAAGAAGACAUAUUCUGGAGAGAACCGAGAUUCUGAGAACUUUUAAAUUCACUACAAACCUUUAAUGCUUCAUCACGUGUCUCCGCAGAGACAUUUUAACAAACCCCCUUAACAGAGGCAUCAAACAUUUAUAAUAAUGCUAUUUCAUUUUUGAUGUUUAGAUUGAAAACACCCAGGUCUAUACAGUUAGCAGCGGGUUAGCUUAGCAUAAAGAGCAAAAAAACUAGAUUUUAGUCUGAAUACGUCAGAAGUGCCAAAUGUUUCUGUUUCCAGUGUUUGAAUCCUCGUUUGGGCAAAACAGAGACUUUAAAUAAAGAUGGACGACACGACAGCUCCUCCAAAGCGAAGCAGAGCGUCUCUAUCGCCCCCUGGUGCCUGGCUGCAGCACAGGUCCUUGACCUCCUCCAUGUUAGCCGACGGGACGUGGACCAAACUCAAAACUCAAAGUGGACGUUAAAUAAAUGUUUGUAAAGAUGUUUCUGUCAUUUCAGGUGGUUCUUCUCUCUCUGAUGUGUGUUCAGGUGUUUCUGAUCAGUUUGGUUUCAAUCAGUUAUUUGAUGAUAUAAAAACAAGACGUCAUGAUUGACAGCUGACUCCUGAUUGGUUGAGUAUGUUUGGGAGCUGACUGUGGCUCCACAGACACUUAAUGAUGUCAUCACCUCGAGAGGAAGUGGAGACAGGUCCCUUUUUAUUUACAGCUCCUGUUCGUUUCUGUCAAAGCUCAUUUUGGUAUUAUCCCAGUUUGUAAAGUUUCCACAUCUUAAUUAAUUAUUUGUUCUGGGACCAAAACUACUCGAGUUGAGUUUUGUAAAUAUGACGACAAAGCUCACAAUGAACCGAUCAGCAGCUGAAGGUCACGAGCAGGAGGUCAGUGUCUCACCUGAUCAAGUGUCAGACGUGAAGGAGCAGAUGUUCCCAGAUGUUCAGGUCGUUACAGUUACUGUCUCCAUGUGAAGACACAAGCUGAUCGAGGUCAAAACCUGACGAAUCCAGUUCAACAUGAAACUGGAUUUCAGCUCAACGUCUAAAAAGUCCAACAUCUAGAAAGAUAAACUUGAUUUUCUGUUCCUGCUCAAGAUAAAUAGUAUACAUUUUUCAAAUUAAGAGCCAUUUUAUGUCCAAUAUGUACUUUUCACAUGACGAGUGAAUCGAUGUAAAUCAGUAUUUUGUUAAAUAUCCAACAGAUGAUGAACAGUUUGAAGUCACUGACGAGUCACGUGACCGUUUCUAGAAGAAUUUGAAGAUGGAGUGAAAAUGUUCAGAUGUUGAAGUUGUUUGAUUCUGGAGGAAAAUCCCAGACGAGAGGUUUUCAGACGAUUCAGUUGUUUUUCUUUCCUGUCGCUCUGUUUUCAUCGUUCUCUCUCUGGAGGUCGUGUUGUGCCUUAGCUGUUCGGUUCUGUUUUAGGAAAUCCUCUCUGAAAACAUCUAAACUGUCUCAAAUGUCCAAAACCAAAAGAAAGAAUUGUUGUGAAUGCCUUAUAAUGACUGUAGUGGUUUUUAAAGUACAACUUUGGAAUUAAAAAACAG